ACAGUUGACGUGGGUGGCCAUUGUUAGGCAGGACAGGCUGAUGUUGGCAUCCCUCUUGGAUCAGAGACGUCAGCAGACGUCGGUUGACUGCAGAGUUAAGAAGUCUUGCAAACAGGCCACAGAAAUAGACCGACAACUCGGACAGCGGCGAACAAAGGCAAGCUGCGGUUGCGGCAUUUGGACGCCACUCUCGAUCCUACUUUAUAAUAACAGACAUUGUAGAAAAACACUCAUUUCUUCAUUUUCUAAAGGUCAAUUCCAGAUAUAUGUAAUCAUUCAUUAAAUAUCGAUGUGUAUUGUUAACAUAAAUGUAAUUUCUGAACCUUAAAAAUAGUAAGUCACGCUAAUGUAAGUGAAGUUUUGGGUUUUCUUAAAGGCGUAAUAGAGUUGGGCUCUGGUUUCAUGAAUGGGAAGGCUUGGAGGUGGGUACCAAUAAUCUGCAACUGGCUAUGAAUGGGGGCACUAAUUGGUGCUGCUGUCUUUCCUUUAACCUCUCCACUAAGCCUCUGUGGCUGUGAAGGAACCUCUAUUAGAGGGAGAUAGGGAUAAUCCUUUUAGCCAAUGCUUUACCGGGAAUCAGUCAGCCGACACUUCCUCCCUCAGACUGGAUGAGCUCCUCAGUGCUUAGCGGGACCCACAUCAGGUCAGGCUCACAUUCUGUCCCCUGUCUCACUUUCCUGUUGGGACACAUUCAGACACCGUGAGGCCCUCGGAGAGCCUUCGGCCGAAAGUGGACUCUAAGCGGGGCGGGGGGCCCGCGACUGGGCUGAGGACCGAGUCUGAAGCAGGGAUGGAGACGUGGAAGAAGCUGUUUAAACGCGUGGUGUCUGUGAAAGUCAGGGAGUACGUGAAGGACUACUGUAAAAGGAACGGGCUGCUGACUCUGUCCGUGUUCGCCGUCAUCACCGGCUGCGUUCUUGGAUUUGUCCUGAGGACGUUCAACCUCUCUACGCAGGCAAAGAUCUACUUCUCUUUCCCUGGAGAAUUAUUGAUGAGGAUGUUGAAGAUGUUAAUUCUGCCUCUCAUCACUUCCAGUCUCAUGUCUGGCCUGUCGGCCAUGGACACGAAGGCCAGCGGCCGCCUGGGUGUCCUGACGAUAACGUACUACCUGUGGACAACCUUCAUCGCCGUGAUUGUGGGCAUCGUCCUGGUGCUGAUCAUUCACCCGGGGACGGGGCAAGAGAAAGACGGUCACCACGGAAGCACGGGCCCCGUCAUGACCUCCGCCGACGCUCUGCUCGACCUCAUCAGGAACAUGAUCCCAUCAAAUCUAAUUGAAGCAACAUUUCAGCAGUACCGGACGGACCUGGUGCCAAGUGUGCAGAGCUCCAACGAGAAAGAGUCUCAGGCCAACUUUGUCUACGUCAUGCCUGAUUAUCACAACCCUCGACUCGGCCACCCUGUUUUCCUGGAGAUCACUCCUGCGCCCGACAUCAAGUAUAAAAUCGUUCCCAGUACGAGCAAAGGCAUGAACGUGUUGGGGAUUGUCAUCUUCUCAGCCACCAUGGGUCUGCUGCUGGGGAAGAUGGGCGAACGUGGAUUGCCGCUGGUCAACGUGUGCCAGUGCAUAAACGAGUGCGUGAUGAAGAUCAUUAAUGCGGCCAUGUGGUACUUCCCCUUUGGCAUCGUGUUCCUGGUCGCAGGAAAGAUCCUGGACAUGCACGACCCAGCCCACCUGGGAGAGAAACUGGGCAUGUACUUCAUCACCGUCCUGGCUGGUCUGUUCGUGCACGGCCUCAUCCUGCUGCCUCUCUUCUACUUCUUCUUCACCCGCAAAAACCCCUUUGCGUACAUCCGAGGCCUGCUGCAAGCCCUCGUCAUUGCUCUGGCGACUUCGUCCAGCUCAGCCACACUGCCGAUCACAAUGAAGUGUCUCCUGGAGAACUGCGGGGUGGACCGGCAGAUCGCCCGCUUCGUCCUGCCGGUGGGAGCCACCAUCAACAUGGACGGGACGGCCUUGUAUGAGGCUGUGGCAGCCAUAUUUAUCGCUCAGGUCAAUGAUUACGACUUGGACUUUGGCCAGCUGGUAACUAUUAGUAUUACAGCAACAGCAGCUAGCAUCGGGGCAGCUGGCAUACCUCAAGCAGGCUUGGUUACCAUGGUGAUAGUCUUGACCUCUGUGGGGUUACCGCCUGCUGACAUCUCCCUGAUUGUGGCCAUCGACUGGGUUCUCGAUCGGUUUCGGACGAUGAUUAACGUUCUGGGUGACGCAUUGGCAGCUGGGAUUAUGGCGCACUUGUGCAAAAAGGACUUUGACAAAGCAGCAGCUGCUGCAGCCAAUUCUUCUGCUGGUUCUUCUGUCAGUAAGGAAAGGGUAAGAUUUGUUUCUGUUCAUUAUUAUGACCAGCCUGAACUCCUCUGUAGAUCUUGGCUAAAAAAAACCCUAAAAAAAACAAAAACAGUCGACCUCAGUAACUAUUAUACCGCCGUCUUCUUCCCUCCAGAGAGACACCGUGAUCUCGUUUGGCAAUCAGAGCGUGGCCAUGUCCGACGCGCCUCUGAUCACACACCGCUGCGACUACGUGUUCGAGGUGGAUGGCGACAACGUGCUGGAGAGGCCCGUGCCCUGCUACAAUCUCUGCCAAGUCUGAGCCCUCCUGUGUUACUGAGGGAACUGAAAGGGAUUCGAGAGAUUCAUUCAUCUCCAGAGGACAUACUUGAAGCACAGGGAGCUUAGUUCUGGGAGGGAAUACAGCAUAUCUUCAUAGCAAACCGAGGUGUCAAGGCAGAGUGGCUUAACGUGUAUUUUGCCAGUGCCAUGAUGAGUCAAGAAAACCUCCUUUACACAUAUAAUGUGUAACCUGAAGUACGGGCUACU